UUUCCUGCAAGGCAUACAGACAGCUCUCUAUAUACUCCAUUAGUACACAAAGUACCUUCUGGCUAGACGCGAACCGCUACAACGUUUUAACGCAGCGGGAAACUCACGUUAUUUUAUUAUCGACUAUUAGAUUGUCUUACUCUUACUCCUGUUUUAUUCCUGAUUGUUACUAAUUGCAUCCAUUGUUAAAUGCAAGUGCAUUCUGUAUUCUUACUGACUUGGCUCAGUUUUUCUCUCGUUCUCUUCUUAGAUUUCUACACUCGCUUAUCACAUAACAUACUUUCAGGCUAGACGCAAAACAUUCAAAGGCUGGACGUUACAACGUCGUAAAAAGUUGGUUAUCUUAAAAUAAGUCAAUGACAAGUUCAGUUACCUGCAUAAUUGAAGUCUCAUUUGCUUCAGUAUAAGCUUUGUUACGCUAAUAAUGAAACUGUUACAUGGCGAUGCAAAUAUUCCCGACAUGAAGUCUAUAUUUGGUUCAGAUGUUUCUGGAUGUGUUAACAUGAAUGUAAUGCCUGGCAGCAAAUCAGCAAACCUAGUGCCAUACGCUGUUAAAAAGUUCCAAAGUGGAGAGACGGAUACGAUUAUAUGGUGGAGCAAACACGGUGCUGUUGCCAAGACUGUUGCAUGUGCUGAGAUGUUCAAAAGCAUUGUACUUAACACAAUCUCACAGACGUCACAAUUAGAUAGUGCCAGCCCACCAAAAAUUUACCAAUGUAGUCGCCUGCAUCUUCAAUCAUGUAAUUGCUCAGUUCCUGAUACAACAAUAACUUGCACCCUGGAAGAACCGGGGAUUGCUAUCCUAUUUUCCAAAUCUCAGUUCCCAGGAGAAGAUUGUCAACUGCCUGUUGAUUUCGGGGGUAACAGUUUUUCAGACUUUAUGAACAAAGGGGAUACAUCUAAAUCAAAUUUAGAUCAUCCACCUAGUCGUCGUCGCUUAUCUCGUACUAUUCGGAAAAAACGUGAUACCGUUCGUGACUCCAAUAAGAACGAGGCCAAGUUUGUUAAUAAUAGUUCUUCAGAGAUGGGUGAUUUCCAUAGUGUCCCUUUUCAAACACCCCGUCUGGCUGCGGCUAUUUCAAAUGUAAAUAAAGUAUUAAAGCAUAAAAAAUUGAAUAGGAAACGAAAAAAGUCAAAGUCGUGAAGAAAUACUUUGUGGUGUAUUUUUAUUUACCUAGUUCCGAUUGUGAUGUCCAUUACCUUUUCGCACUUAUUUUUACAAUGAAACAAAGAGUAUAAAAUUGAAAUACACUUUAUAUUGUAUUAUUUAGUACAAGUUUUUUCUUUAAUAUACAAGUUGAUUUUAAAAUAUUUCUCAGACAACUCUGCUACAUAAUUGUUGUUGUUGCUUUAAAAGCAUAAAUAAUAACUUGUAAAACCUAAAGCAUGAUAGGCUAUC